AGAACACAUGAUGAUCCAUUUUUAUUGUAUGCUACACUGAAGAGCGGCCACCACACUGAUUUCUUCUCGCGGGAUUUAAUGCGUACACACUCUUUUUUACUGGGGCCUGAACUACGACCAAUUUUUAGACGUUGGCAACAGGAACACCAAUAUUCUUUAGUUACCCAAACUGAAGGUGGAAAAAUAAUAGUUAAGGAGCCAAUUCGUUUUAUGAUAUGCGCGCACAAAGUGAAAGACACUUGGCAUUUGCCUUAUAAACAGGAAUAUCUUGCAAACCCUCCAACAUCAUUUGAAGUUUCAUCAAAUUGGCUCUGCAUUAAAUUUCAAAAUUAACCAAAUAAAGUAACUGAAAUGUAAAAUUUGUUUUA